GCUCUGUAGCUCCCAAGCACCUUUACCGGCAUUCCUGCACUGAUCAUGGCGUCCGCGUCUAGACGACGUGGAAGUCUCGGAGACCGCCGCGGCUUCUUCCACCUGUGUGGGUCUCCCAUCCGUACCCACAAGAUGGAGCUCGACUACAUCCAUGGCAAGGCACACUCGCCGACCCAAGUGAGGGCUGCAGAACUAACGGCAGACAUCGAUACGCCGCUGAUGCAGCGCCGACCUGGCAAGAAGAAUCUCAAGCAGAAGCAACGUCAUGCCGAGGCGGACGCCGCCAUGGUGGCUCUCGCCAGACACUUGGGCCAAGAGGGUGGCGGUGGCUACUACGACAGUCUACGUGGCCCGAUUGGCUUUGAUAGCGAUAUACCCAUGUCCUGUGUGGCCGACGAAGGCAGCAACAACUCAAUGAGACUGGAUGGCGCUCGACAGGCAGGCAUCCCGCUCUACUUGUCGGACUGGUUCGCCCCCAACAAGGACUCGAAUCGUCGUCGACAGACCAAUGUCAUCAUGACACGAGAGCAACCAGAGUCAGAGUCGGGGUCCGUGGCCAGUGACUGCUCCGAUGAUAAGGAGAAUCAGUUCCUCCAGCCACACCAGAACGUCGACAUGGCAGACGUGGUCGUUGGCCGUGUGAUCGGGGAAGGAGCUUUCGGCAAAGUGUUCAAGGCUUCGUGGAAAGGUCGAGACGUGGCUGUCAAAGUGCUGAUCCGACAGAAUCUGAGUGCAGACGUGGUCCGGGAGUUCGAGACAGAAGUGAAAAUCAUGAGUUUCUUGCACCACCCGAACAUCUGCAUGCUACUUGGGGCGUGCCUCGCCCGCGAGAACCGAGCUUUAGUCAUCGAGCUCGUGGAACAGGGCUCGCUCUGGGCCAUACUACGCACACGACGACGGCAACUCACAGACGAGAUGCGCGCACGGUUCGUACUGGACACGGCUCGAGGCAUGAGCUACCUGCACCAGUUCGAGCUGCCGAUCUUGCACCGAGACAUGAAGAGCCCCAACCUGCUUGUUGAGCGCGACUACUCGAUCAAGAUCUCGGACUUUGGUCUCUCGCGUGUCAAGGCGCAAAUUCAGACCAUGACUGGCAACUGCGGCACUGUCCAGUGGAUGGCACCGGAAGUGCUUGGCAACCGUAAAUACACAGAGAAGGCAGACGUGUUCUCAUUCGGCGUCGUAGUUUGGGAGAUCUUCAUGGGCCAAUGCCCGUACGACGGCAUGACGCAGAUACAGGUGGCUCUGGGUGUGCUAAACCAUGACCUGCGUCCACCGAUCCCGCGCUCGUGCCCGCGCUUCUUCGCUCGACUGAUCCGGUCUUGCUGGAUGAGGGAGCCCAGCCUGCGUCCAUCUUUCUCGGAGCUGGUGCGUACCCUCGAGCAGUACGUCACCCACUAGUAGCGACAGUAGCUAGGCAGAAGACAUGCAUCGCGCCACUGGUACGAAGAAAACGAUGAUAAAACGCCACCGAAACGUGUAGUCAGAAUGCAGUUUAGGGUCGGAAUGGCAGGCAGAGCGUUGACAAAGCGUCAUGAAAUUAUUUAGGUGUCAAUGCGUGUAAUUACUCAUUGCACAAUUCACACUCAA